UGAUACAUGCUGCCUGUGUGCCUGCUCCUAGAUAGUGUCACUCCAUUGGCAUCGCUCUGCAGCCGUUCCGUGACUAGCCUAGAGAUACACAUCCAAAGCCUUUGCCGUCAGGCUCUAAGCUUCCUUCGUAGUUCCACGCCGCGGUGAAACUCGCAAAGCCCAAGUUUGAAACUAUUUUUUGCAUUGUGAAUUGAGCACAUCUAUCAGCAAUGUCUUCUCCCGGCGAAGCGGCUGCUCGGCACGCGCUUAAGAAUGCGCGACGCGUCGUCAUCAAGCUCGGAACAGCUGUCGUCACCCGACCUGAUGGCCAUCUUGCAGUUGGACGGCUCGGAUGUCUUUGCGAGGAAGUCGAGGCUCUUCUGUCCGAGGGUCGCCAGGUGAUCGUCGUCACCAGCGGAUCCGUCGGCGUGGGCCGGCAGAAGCUUCGCUUCCAGGGCUUCAUGCGGACGAGCUUCAAGGAUCUUCAGAAGCCGCAGGCGGAGCUCGAAGGCAAACCCUGCGCCGCCAUUGGCCAGGGCGAGCUGACGUCCCUGUACGAGUCGUUGUUCCAUCAGGUUGACGUCGGCUGCGCUCAGCUGCUGGUAACCGAGCGGGAGUUCGCUGACCUGGAAUUUCGCGACCAGCUUCGCAGCACUGUGAAUUCCCUCCUGGACCAUCGCGUGGUCCCCAUAUUUAACGAAAACGAUGCCAUUUCGACGCGACACAUGCCGUACAAAGACGCGUCCGGAAUCUUCUGGGAUAACGACUCCCUGGCCGCACUUCUAUCUCUCGAGCUCGAAGCGGACGCUCUUAUCCUUCUCUCUGACAUCGACGGCCUUUACACGGGCCCUCCGACCGACCCCGACUCUGUGCUUAUCAACACGUACGUGAAAAACUCACACGACGAAAUCAAAUUCGGGGAGAAAUCGCGCGUCGGAAGAGGCGGCAUGACGGCUAAGGUGGACGCGGCUCUGAAAGCGGCGAUGGGAGGAGUGACGACGGUGAUCGCGAGUGGGCUGUCGAAUGACGGCGUUCUGCGGGUGCUUAGGGGCGAGCUGGUGGGGACCCUGUUUCACAAGGACGCGCAUCUGUGGGCCGUCGGCAAGUCAGGGAAGAGCGCCGCUCGCGACAUGGCUGUGGCUGCGAGGGACGCCAGCAGGAAGCUGCAGGCUCUGUCGCCCGAGAAGAGAAAGGAGAUCCUGCUGAACGUGGCUGACGCCCUGGUGAAGCGGGAAGAGGAGAUCAUUGACCAGAACAACCACGACGUGCGGCUUGCAGAGAUCCAUCGCGUUGCUCCUGCUCUCAUCCAACGGCUGAAACUCAAGCCUGGCCGGAUCCACCAGCUGGCGGAGGGCAUUCGAGCCAUUGCUGAGAUGCCUGAUCCGAUAGCAGAGACGCUGGCAUGCACGCAGGUGGCAGAGAGCUUGGUGCUGGAGAAGCAGCGGUGGCCGCUGGGAGUGCUGCUGGUGAUCUUUGAAUCGAGACCUGACGCCAUGCCACAGAUUGCAGCCCUUGCUAUUCGCAGUGGCAACGGUCUGCUGCUGAAGGGAGGCAAGGAGGCACUCAACUCCAACCGGAUCAUCCAUGAGGUCAUUGCAUCCGCCCUGCCACCCGAUGUGGGCCCGUCCCUGAUCGGGCUGGUGACAACGCGCGACGACAUCUCGGACCUGCUGAAGCUGGACGACGUGAUCGACCUGGUGAUUCCGCGGGGCAGCAACGCACUGGUGAAUCAUAUCAAAUCCAACACCAAGAUCGCGGUGCUGGGCCACGCAGACGGCGUGUGCCACGUGUACGUGGACAAGGCCGCCAACCUCAGGAUGGCCAAGAGGAUUGUGCUGGACGCCAAGAUGGACUACCCCGCUGCCUGCAACGCCAUGGAAACCCUGCUGAUUCAUGAAGACCUCGCCAAAUCAGGAGCGGCAGAAGAACUUAUUAAGGAGCUCAAGGCGAAUGGCAUUGUGCUCUAUGGGGGCAAGGGGGCAGCAGCACCCUUCCACCUGCCUCCUGCAGCCAAUCUGCAUCACGAGUACGGGGCGCUGGAGUGUACGGUGGAGAUCGUGCCAGAUAUGGAGGCGGCCAUCCAGCACAUUCACUCGCACGGCAGCGCUCACACCGAUGCCAUCAUCACCGAGGACAAGGAAGCUGCCGAGAAGUUUCUGGCGUCCGUGGACAGUGCGGUCGUGGUGCACAACGCCAGCACUCGCUUCUCCGACGGCUUCCGCUUCGGGCUCGGGGCCGAGGUUGGCAUCAGCACAAGCCGCAUCCAUGCGAGAGGGCCUGUCGGGGUGGAGGGGCUUCUCACAACGCGCUGGUUGCUGAGAGGCGCAGGCCAGGUGGUGAACAAGGACAAGGAUGUCAUCUACACCCAUAAAGCACUGCCAGUAAAGAAGGAUGGUGUGAUAUCCAAUGGCAACUGAAGGAGCAGUGAUGGCAAAAUAUUGGGCAGGUUGAAAAAGAGGAGGGAGAGAUGCAACGCACUAUUUUUUUAUAAGUAUGCUGGAUGUUUCUUGAACUGGCAAGUACCCACUCAAAUCAUGUUCUGCAUAUUGUGUUAAAGUAGAUGCGUUGGGAUUCUUGUUUGAGGGAUUGAUUGUUUUAUUUACAAUUCAGCUG